GGACGUGAAGGCAGCAUAAACCCCUCCUCCGCCUGUCCGAGCGGGAAGUUCAGAUGUUCGUGUUGAUUAAAAUGUAGCACACAUUCAGCUGCUCCGGUUAGCUAAUUCAACACAACAAUCUCCUUUGAGGAAGUUUAACUGUGACUACUGGAGAGCUCUGCAGUCAUGUCCAGUGACGCUGAGGAGAGGAGCAACUCUGCACCCAGGUGCUUCGGACAGUUCACUUACACAGCCGAGGAGCACCAGGCAGUGGACAAAGCUCUGCGACAGAAGCUGGGACCCGAGUACAUCAGUACCAGAGUGGCUGGAGGAGGACAGAAGGUCUGCUAUAUUGAAGGGCAUCGUGUAAUCGGCCUGGCCAAUGAGAUGUUCGGGUACAACGGAUGGUCUCACUCCAUCAGUCAGCAGAAUGUCGAUUUCAUAGACAUCAUCAACGGGAAGUUUUAUGUCGGAGUCAGUGCGUUUAUCAAAGUGCAGCUGAAGGAUGGGGCGUUUCAUGAGGACGUAGGGUAUGGAGUCAGUGAAGGACUGAAGUCUAAAGCUCUGGCACUGGAAAAGGCCAGAAAGGAAGCUGUCACGGAUGGCAUGAAGAGAGCACUGAAAUGCUUCGGUAAUGUUCUUGGAAACUGCAUCCUGAAUAAAGAAUACCUCAUAGCCAUUAACAAGAUCCCCAAACAGCCUCCUCCUCCUCUGGACCCAGCCCAGACUAAGCGCACUGAGAGAGAGCCCUCGGUGGAGAAGGCUCGGUUCUCCAGUCUGGUCCAGGACAAAAAGCUGGGGCUUAGCAGGACAGUGCUGGAGCCCAGAGUCCUCAACCGGAACCAGAACUAUUCAGAAGUUCAUACCCCUAUAUCUGCUGUCCCUGCUGACGGGAAGAGUGAGAACAUGGACUCCAGACCUGUCAUGGACUUGGAGGACGUUGGCGGGUCUGACUCGCACACAGACCCCAAACAGCUGAGGAAGCUCCGACAGCAACAGCUUCAACUGAAGUUCAGGAAAGAGAUGGAGACCAAGAAGCUGCCUCAGGAACUGGGUCAAGCCAAGUCUGAGUACACAGAGGUCGCUAUUCGACAAAAUGGAGGUCAUGAAGGUGCAUCUGCCUUCAGUGACAGCACCUCAGCUGGACACAGGAAGCCCAGCAGCAGGGACGAGCAUUUAGCAGAUGAUCCUGAGCUCUGGGAUUUCACCCUGAAUGGGAUUGAUGAACUGGAUGUCCCUGCAGGCGGCACCCCCUCGAAAGGGCUCUGUCCCAGCACGCCCGGGAACCACCAGAUGCAUACGCGCAGUAAGACCCCUCAGAGAGCACCAGACGAGGCUCCUUCGUACAGCGGAGGACAGGACCGGGCUCAGGACAGACCUCAACAUCAGGGCCAGUGUCAGGCGAGGCUCGGUGAGGCCUCCAGUCCAUACAGACAAGGACUGUACAUGAAGAAACGUCGACUGGACACUUGAAGUUUUACAUUUUAUAAAAAAAAUAUUUAUUUGUGUUUUCAUUUAAUUUUAAUUUUGCAUUAAAUUGUUGAUAUUUGGAGAAAUGUUAUAUGGUUUUGUAUAAAAAUAAAAACAUAACCACAGAA